AGAAGAGUACGCAGGCGUGUUGUGUUGUGGUGGUGAUCUGUUCCUUUUCUGUGUCCCUCCAAAAACUCAUCGUCCAACUCAAGAGCCACCACCAGCCGCGCCCCUCGGCCAACGCACCACUCCGCCAUACAUAGAAAAAGGCAAAACGAGGAAAAGGGAAGACAUAACUCACGAACGGUUUGGAAUUUCAGGAUGGCGUGUGUGCAAAUCGCAAUGAGUUGAAACAGAGAGAAUUCUUGACAGAGGAAACGAAGAGCAGAACCAGAGCAAGAACCUCUCUCUCUCUCUCUCUCUCUCCCUAUCUCUGUCUGGCGGCGCUCGGUUCUUUUCGUUCUUUCUUCCUUUCUUGCUCUGUCUUUCUGGGUGGUGGGCGAGAUAUGGAUUGCUGGUCUUCUCCUCUCGCCGUCGACGACGAGUUUGAGAAACUCGUUCUUAGAAUGAACCCACCAAGGGUUACGGUUGAUAACGAAUCCAGCAAAAAGGCCACUCUGGUCAAGGUUGAUAGCGCGAAUAAGCGUGGGAGCUUAUUAGAGGUGGUUCAGGUCCUGACCGAUAUGAAUCUCAUGAUUCGCCGGGCUUAUAUUUCUUCUGAUGGAGAGUGGUUUAUGGAUGUGUUUCACGUGACGGAUCCGAAAGGGAACAAGCUUUCUGAAGAUGAUGUUGUUGAACGGAUUCAGCAGUCACUGGGCCCCGGUAUACGGAGUUUUCGGUCAUUGAGGAGCUCUGUCGGUGUCCAAGCUGCCAUGGAACACACAACUAUUGAACUGACAGGGAGAGACCGACCGGGCUUGCUUUCGGAGGUUUUCGCUGUUCUGGCCAACCUGAAAUGUAAUGUAGUGGCUGCUGAAGUCUGGACCCACAAUUCGAGGAUGGCGUCAGUCGUUUAUAUCACCGACGAAGUGUCCAGUUUGCCAAUUGACGAUCCUGACCGCCUUGCUAAGAUUGAGCAGUUGCUCCUAUUUGUGUUGAAGGACGACAGAGAUAUGAAGAGGGCGAAUACCGCUGUCACAGUGGGCUCCACUCACACCGAAAGGAGGCUCCACCAGUUGAUGUAUGCAGAUCGCGAUUAUGACGUGGAUGGUGUGGACGGAGGAUCAGCAGGAGACCAGAACAAACUUUCUGUCACGGUUGAUAAUUGCACAGACAAGGGAUAUACUGUUGUGAACUUGAGAAGCCCGGAUCGCCCUAAACUAAUCUUCGAUACGGUGUGCACCUUGACAGAUAUGGAAUAUGUCGUGUACCAUGGGACUGUCAUUGCCGAGGGACCUGACGCUUAUCAGGACUAUUACAUCAGGCACAUGGAUGGUUCCCCGAUUAGUUCAGAGGCAGAGAGGCAAAGGGUGAUUCAUUGCUUGGGGGCUGCUAUUAAGAGGCGAACUUCUGAGGGAAUAAAACUAGAACUCUGUUGUGACGACAGAUUUGGCCUUCUGGCCGAUGUGACUCGAAUAUUCAGAGAAAAUGGUCUGUCGGUUACUCGGGCUGAGGUUACCACGAGGGGUUCGCAUGCUGUGAAUAUGUUUUAUGUGACCGAUUCCUCCGGUAAUCCAGUCAAGAGUGAGAUGAUCGAGGCUGUCCGGAAACAGAUUGGCCUGACGAUACUUCACGUCAAAGAUGAUUCCUACUCGCAGUCUCCACCACAAGACGCCGGUAAAUUCUCUCUGGGAAACCUCUUCCGCUCACGGUCGGAGAAGUUCCUUUACAAUCUGGGCUUGAUAAAAUCAUGUUCUUGAGAGGUGAUUUAGGAAGAAUGUAGCUUUUUGCUCUAGUGCCUGUAAACAAUAGGACGAUUCAGGGCUCGCUCUUAGGUUUUCAUUCAUGACCACAUCGCUUCGACCAUGGUUGAUCCGGGUCGGGGCUCAAGGUGUGUAGAAUCAUAAAUUGGCUUGUAAAGCACCUUGUACAUAGUUCUCUCCAGCCGCAGCUGUUGCUUUUAUUGGAGGAUGUUGUAAAUAUAUUAGUUCCCCAACUUUAAUCAGUCAUUCAAUCUGAUUCUUGUUUUGUGGUUUCUCUGGA